CCUUCUCUUUGAAUGGCAUUGAGUUAUGGGACUGUUUGUUAAUUGUCUGGGUACUAAAAAAUUGAACAGAAGGCACAUGAAUAGAAUUCUUCCGUAAAAUGAAAGGAAAGAAAGGAAUUGAGGAGCCAUGGCAGAGAGGGGCUCGUAGGAUGGGAUUUUGAUGGAGGAAGGAAAAAAGAUAAGAUCGCCACGCAGACAAACAAAGUCGGUGCCGUUUCCGAUCUGCAGUUCCAGAACAUCCGCGCCCGGCUCUUUCGCUGCCAAAGUUUAAUGAGAGAGGACUGGAUUUUUCAUAUGAUAAGAUUAUACCAUUUCUGGUUAUUGAUAAUCUAGAGCUUUUGGACUGUUGACUUUCUAGUAAAAGACAGAAGGGGCCCACUUUAAUUUUCAGCAUUUGACGCUUCCCUCUCUCUCUCUUUCGUGUGUAUCCGGAGCCGGAGUCCAGAGACAGAGAAGAGGGAUCUGUGUGACUGGAAGCAGGAUUCAAUCACCCAAUUUUCUUCUUGCUUUUCUUUGUUAACUGGAGGAUUAAAGAGACGAGGACAUGGGGGCCAGCAGCGAUCCCAAUCAGGACGGCUCCGACGAGCAACAGAAGCGAUCGGAGAUCUACACCUACGAGGCACCGUGGCACAUCUACGCCAUGAACUGGAGCGUCCGUCGCGACAAGAAGUAUCGUCUCGCCAUCGCUAGUCUCCUCGAGCAGUACCCUAACCGCGUCGAGAUCGUUCAACUUGACGAUUCCAAUGGCGAGAUCCGUUGCGACCCUAAUUUAUCUUUCGAGCACCCUUAUCCUCCCACCAAGACCAUCUUCAUCCCUGACAAGGAGUGCCAGAAGCCGGACCUACUGGCCACCUCCAGUGAUUUCCUUCGCGUUUGGCGCAUCGCCGACGAUCAAUCCAAGGUCGAGCUCAAGACCCUCCUGAAUGGUAACAAGAACAGCGAGUUCUGCGGUCCCCUCACCUCUUUCGACUGGAACGAGGCUGAGCCCAAGCGUAUCGGUACCUCUAGCAUCGACACCACCUGCACCAUUUGGGAUAUCGAGAGAGAAACCGUCGACACCCAGCUCAUCGCCCACGACAAGGAGGUUUACGACAUCGCUUGGGGAGGUGUCGGCGUCUUUGCCUCCGUCUCAGCCGAUGGCUCCGUCAGGGUUUUCGAUCUUCGCGACAAGGAGCAUUCCACUAUCAUUUACGAGAGCUCUGAGCCAGACACCCCUUUGGUUCGCCUUGGAUGGAACAAGCAGGAUCCCAGGUACAUGGCUACUAUCAUAAUGGAUAGUUCCAAGGUUGUUGUCCUCGACAUCCGUUUCCCCACUCUUCCUGUAGUGGAGUUGCAGAGACACCAGGCCAGCGUCAACGCCAUUGCCUGGGCGCCCCACAGUUCCUGCCACAUCUGUACCGCGGGGGACGAUUCCCAGGCUUUGAUAUGGGACCUCUCUUCCAUGGGUCAGCCCGUCGAAGGCGGACUGGAUCCUAUUUUGGCUUAUACUGCCGGAGCCGAGAUUGAGCAGCUUCAAUGGUCGUCCUCCCAACCUGACUGGGUUGCAAUCGCCUUCUCCACCAAGCUUCAGAUUCUCAGAGUUUGAUCGGGUAUGGGCUUGUUAGUGUUAUGCAUUCGCCACCGCGAAGCUUAAAGCAACGAGUUUAGUUGACUGUCUAAUGUGCUAUGUUGGUAUCGUUAAUGUCCUAGAAAUAGUGUACUCUAGCUGCUACCUAAUCUUUUUAAUAGUUUUUAGAAAUCGAAGAUUCUCGUUA